GGGAGGGUUUUAGAUGAUUUCGGUGAGCAGCAGCGAUGCUAGAAGCGAAUUAGGGUUAGGGUUUGCUGGAUUAGGUGAAGAUAUAAUGGAAGAUAGCGACUUUGAGGAAGAAAGCACACAUUCUUAUGUUUCUUGCGUUGACCCAGAUGUUGCUCUCUCUUAUAUUGAUGAGAAACUCGAAAACGUGUUGGGACAUUUUCAGAAAGAUUUUGAAGGUGGAGUCUCUGCUGAAAAUUUGGGUGCAAAGUUUGGUGGCUAUGGUUCGUUUUUGUCUAUGUACCAGAGAUCUCCUGUUUGUUCACGUCCUAAGACUCUACCAGAAGUUCAACAAAACCAAGUGGUGGGUCGAUCUAAUUGCUCAGCUUCAUCGGUUGUACCUCAAGUAUCAGUAUCCGGAUCCGCUUCAAAGGCUCCUGCUUCCGAUGUUUUGGUCAAAUUUAAAAAGUUCGUCAAUUCAAGUAAUAUAGGGACACCUGAUAGUAAACAUAUAUCUGACACAAAAACGUCUUGUUCUGCUUCAUCAAAUCAUAAGACUCUCAGACUUCGUAUCAAAGUGGGUUCAAGUGACCUCUCAUCACUGAAGAACGUUUCAACCUUUAGUAAAGAAGGCCUCAAUAUGCCACUAUCAGGAGGAUCAAGGGUGAAUUACCUCUCAGAAGUUGAAGAAGACUUACUGAAUGGGAUUUGCCAUUCGCCCACUAAAAUUCUUAUGGCAAUGGUGUCAUUCCCUUUGCAUAAAGAUCAGCUGUUAUCACCUCUCUCUGAUGAUCUUCUUCUGUUGGGAAAGAGAGAAAAGAUUACGAAAGAUGCUAGAUAUAGUUCUGUCAACAAGUCAGACUCAAAAAGUACACAGGAUGUUAUGGGUGUUUCGGAUUCACAAAAGCGUGCUGGUAAGUUUUCUAUUGGGAAGAAGCAGAAAAAGGAGAGGGUAAAGUAUAUGCCACCGUCAAACAAGCUUGAUAGAAAUCAUAUUGUAUCCAAUACUGAAAAAGAGGCUGACAAAGAUUUCUGUGAGGAGCUUGUUUCCAAGACUAUGAAGCUUCCGCUUUUGUCCUGUCUGUCACCGUCAUAUAUCCACCCGGUAAAAGAGAUUGACAAAGUAUCAGAUUAUAAUGUGGAGGGUACAUCAAGAGGAACGAACAACAUUGACCAAGAUGCAUCGUUGAUGGAUUCAAAGCCUGAUCUAGAAGAUAAUAUAGUGGCAUUUUCAGAUCGAAGUGUUAAGGGAACUGAAAGUAUUAACGCAAGAAAAGACACGUACCUGAAAAACGGCGAACCCCUAAACUCAUUGGAAAGUAAAUCCAAGCGGGAGAAAGCUCCAAGUAUUGAACAUGCAGAUUAUUCUUCGGUGGUUAAGGGUAGUCAGAGCGAGACAAGGAAUGAAUUAAAGUCAAAACUGCCUAAAGCACAGAAGUCACAAAAAAGUUCAAGCUCCAUCGUUGCCAUGAGUAGUUUGAGAGGCGAGGAUGCUGCUGUUAAUAUAAUUAAGAAGAAUGUACCAGAUAUAUUGCAGGAAGAUAUUGGAGGAUGCAAACACGUGAAUAAGGGACUCUCUGGUUUUUCUAAAGAAUCAAAAGAAGAAAAACAAAGUAGCCCAGUACCUAAAGCUGAGAAAGAAAAGCUUUCAGCAGAAAAUGCAUCGGAGGAGAAUUUCAACAGCGUUAAAAAUGAUGAAGAGGGAUGUGACCAUCUAAAUUUGCUAUGUGAACCAGAUUUGAAACGCCCUAUUAAGUUGCGUGAUUUGAAUGAAGACAGGCACAACACUAAGCAGAGUGUUAGACAGGAAGUGAAAAAUAAGCAUUCUGUUGAAGGAGGAAUGGAAAAUAUGGGAAUGGAAUCUGAAAAGGAACUUUCUGGGACUUCCAAGAAACCGAAGACUAGAAGAUCACGAUUUUCCGCUGUUGAUCAACCUGAAUCCAAGAAUUCCAACAAAAUUCUGGACGUUUUAGCUAAUAACAAUACUACGAUUGCUCAAGCCUCAGCUGAAAGUAUCAAGGAUAAUGCUAAGGCUUCCUCGCAUGGCGAACGUGAUGACAGAAAGAGGAAACUGAAGGAAACUAAAGAAAGUGGAGAAUGUAUGAGAAUUAGAGAAGCUACAGUAAUGGUGUCAAGUGGUGAGAACGUUAGAAAGAAAAAGAGGCUAAAGGGUUCAAGUUGUGAUGAAAAGGAGUUGCCUUUUAGUAGUGAAAGUUGUGAUAAGGACAGAAGAGUUAGUCAGGAAAAUGGGAGAGAUAGUGCUUCUCAUCUACCUUUUACAACGUCCUCUCCGAGUUUAUGUAAGGAUUUGGGCUCCGAAAUUAUCAAAAAUAGUGUCCACGAAGCCAAAGGUUCACUAGUUGAAUCAGUUGCCCCUUCAGCCUUGAGGGUGUUAGACUCACGUGAGCUUAAAUCAGGAAGAAUUUCAGAAAGUGAUAAAUACCAUGAUACUGACUGUAAUGCUGGUGAUACGUUAAAAAGAUGCCGAGAUGGUGAAGCUUAUAGCACUAUCGAUAAACAAGGGACAACAAAGAAGCCUGCAGAAAAUUCCAAGGAUAGAGAGAGAGCAUACGGUGGGAAUUGUUCUAUUGAAAACUUUAAACCAAAGAAGUCAGGGAGAAUUUCUGGUGAAAAUUGCAUACAGGGUGACUCUCAGCAAAAGAGUAGGGAAGGGGGCUCAUCUACACCUUCGAAAGAUAAUAAAUGGGGUACGGUGAAUGAAGUGCAAGAUCUUGGCACUGCUGUUAAAAUAAAAACAAAAGAAAGCAGGAGCAAGAAAAGACCUGCUAAAGGGGUUUCUAUGGAAAGUAACAUAGAAGACUCUAGGGAAUAUCAAGAUCCUAAUACUAAGCUAGAUAGAAGUGGUAGUCUAUUUCCUUCUCCACAGAAACCUGAUACAGCAAAAACUUCUCGUGGGAGAAGCAACCACUUGGAAGUGACCACUGAGAAAUUAGAGAAUAAAUCAGCUUCACCAGCUGGCACAGAUCAAGUUGAAGUUUUGGGUCACGGUAGUGAGACAUCAAAUACAAAGAAACAGAUACUGCGAAAUGAGAAUCACAGUGUGACCCACAAUGAAGGUUCGCGAAACCAAAAGCAAAAUGGAAGUAGGCAUAAGGAUCAUGUUGGCUUAAGCCCUUUGAAAAAGGAAUCCACAAGUCAAGCUGUGUCCAACUCAAUCAAAGAGGCUACAGACUUGAAACACAUGGCUGAUCGUCUUAAGAAUGCUGGGUCCAAUCACGAGAGCACAGGUGUUUACUUUCAGGCAGCGCUUAAGUUUCUUCAUGGUGCCUCCCUUUUGGAGUUCUGUGCUCAUGAAUACGAGAAAAAUAAAGAUAUGGGGGCAGCUGCUCUGGCUUAUAAAUGUAUGGAAGUAGCUUAUUUAAGGAUAACUUAUGCUUCCCAUGGUAACAUAGGCAGAUGCAGAUAUGAGUUGCAAGCAGCUUUGCAAGUGAUUCCUUCAGCUUGUAAGCAUGAUCNACUCGAUUUGUUGUGCACCACUUGGAAGUGA